UUUUCCCGAAUUCGGAGGACGGGGGUGCCCGCGGGGUGUGUCACCUGCGGCUCGGCCCCCGCGGCUGGCGCGGAGGGCGGGCAGGCCGCGGCUGCGCCGUGAGAGUCGCACCCGGCUGCAGACGCCGCCAUGUUGUGCCGCUUCGCCGCCGCCAGCAGAAGCAGUGCUAAAUUGGUAGCACCCUUGGGGUGCUUGGUUUCUAGGCAAAAGCACACUCUUCCUGAUUUGCCAUAUGACUAUGCUGCUCUGGAACCUCAUAUUAAUGCAGAGAUCAUGCAGCUGCACCACAGCAAGCAUCAUGCCACCUACGUGAACAACCUCAACGUUGUCGAGGAGAAGUACAAAGAGGCAGUGGCAAAAGGUGAUGUUACAACUCAGGUGUCACUUCAGCCUGCACUGAAGUUCAAUGGUGGAGGUCACAUCAAUCACACCAUCUUCUGGACAAACCUUUCUCCUAAUGGAGGAGGGGAACCUAAAGGAGAAUUGAUGGAAGCCAUCAAGCGUGACUUUGGUUCUUUUGCAAACUUCAAGGAGAAGCUGACAGCUGUAUCAGUUGGUGUCCAAGGAUCAGGCUGGGGCUGGCUUGGCUAUAACAAGGAGCAGGGACGCCUACAGAUAGCAGCUUGUGCAAAUCAAGAUCCUUUGCAAGGAACAACAGGUCUAAUUCCUUUGCUAGGCAUUGAUGUAUGGGAACAUGCUUAUUAUCUUCAAUAUAAAAAUGUUCGACCCGAUUAUUUGAAAGCCAUCUGGAAUGUGAUCAACUGGGAGAAUGUAUCUUCAAGAUAUGCAACUUGCAAGAAGUAGAGGGAAUUCUUGCACAGACUACUAAAAUGUCACCAGUUCUACUCUGAUACCACUCUUGUAGUAGUGCCUGUGGCUUACAAAUGAAUUGUUCUACUGCAGAAAGCACUUCACUCAUCCAACAAAUGCAUUUCAUAAUCAAGCAAAGUGUCUGCUUGUUUAAUUCUGUGAAAGGUAUUUACUUAGAGUUCUGAAGCUUUAAACUGUUGUGCAACAAAGGGAGGCACUUAAAUCUGUUCCAUUGCAUAUAGAAACAUAGGUCACCUUGCUGAAGCCUAAUGGAGUUCCUUGUUGCACUAAAAAACCUAAGUGAAAAUAUGUGCUACUGUUACUAUAAACAAAUAAAACUCAAAAGAAGAAUCUUCUAUAA